AUGACAGCGGUGUGGCCAAGCGACAGACUACCCGUCGAGAUCUUCGAAAUCAUCACCUCCUACCUCUCCCGACACGAAGUUCGAAGCUUGCGCCUCGUCUGCAGCGAGUUCGAGGCCAAGGUCUCCGCUCAAUACUUCCGCAAUGUCGUUGUCCCCUUCAAGUCCGAGCUCUACAAUAGUCUCGGUCGUGAUGAGGCUGGUGCUGUCAAACGCCCCUCCUCGGCCCUCUUCUCCAAUGGCAUGCGCAUCUUCCAAUCCUUUGGUCGCCAUAUUUUGCGGUUCGCCUUGUCUCUCGAGCUCGACGAGGACACAUUGUCAUAUCCUCCCAUCAAGCCCUCCCAGGAGGCCAUUCCGGCAUUCUGGGGUAUAUAUCGCUGGCCACAUGGUACAUAUCACCGAUAUACAGAUCUGGAAGGCCUGGAGCAGACUGCCGACGAGACUGAUUCCAUGAAGGAAGCUCUCAAGUGCCUCGUCAAGGUCACCAACUUGGGUCUGUGUUGCGAUGCUGGACUCGGAUUUCUCUCAGGCCCGGAUCAAAUUGCACGUAAUGCCACUAUCCGGCAUCCCGUGUUUGCAUCACAAAACUGGCGUCGUGCUGGAUAUGAACAGGACCAGCGAAAGCAUUCUAUUGUCACCAUGUCCGACUUCAAUGAUCCAGUCGAGGACCCCAAGAAGCCAGUAUUCGAGAACCCAAUGAGCUUUAAGCGCACCAUCCUCCAGAAAAUGGUUUCGGAUGCCGGUUACAGGGGGGAUGAGAUCAACGAAGCAGUUCGGAUGAUCCUAGAUACCGAAGGGACAAAUCUGAUGGCGAUUGACUUUGACGAGAGAGCAUCGCAAUUGACCGACGUUGACGCACGGAGAACGGUCACCAAUCCCGUCUUUCCCGACCUUGAAACCGAAGAUACUGAAGAUUACCCUCUCGUUCCCACCAACCUCACGCGGGCCCAGAAGGAAAUGCUACUGGAGUUGGAGUGGGCCCACCGUGCCAUGAUCCAGUCAUACGUCAUUGGCCUCAUUGAUAAUGCCUUGGAUGGCAGUUUCGCCCACCUGACGACGUUGACCAUCGCCAAGAUCCCCAGCAGUCAUGUGUACAUAUUCUACCGCGACGAACUUUGGCAGAAUCUCACAGCACUCAACAACGUCUCCCUCGGCGUUAUCGCGGACUGGCGGCGCAUUUCCAAGCCUGCACCUGGCUGCGUCGAAGAUACCUCGGUAUCUCCAGUUGAGGCUGUGAGCAAAGUCUUCACACUCUUGAACAACUACAUUGGCAAACAGAAGAACAUUGAGAGCCUUCAUUUUGAAUGGAUCUGCGGAGGCGAGUUUGCCCCAGGGACCUUCCAGCGAAACCAUCACAUUCUGCCAGCACCGUUCUUCCCUCAAGCGGAGCUCAUGGGUGCGACGGACAGCCCCAUAACGCAUGAUGAACAGAUGUUGAGACUUCCCUUCAUUAAGCAUUUGUCCCUCAAAAACUGCUGGGCCUCACCGCAUGUAUUUCUCCAGACGUUCCGCUGUAUGGCUCUUUCGUCGCUGGAGAAGCUGGAGCUUGAGUCCGUGUCGCUGUCAGGCGCGCCAACCGCUUCUACUCAAGCCCCUCUUCAGCAACACGCCGGAGUACAAAAUGCUGCUAACGCAGGGAAUAAUAAUCUGAUGAACUUUUUCCAACUUGGAGCAGCUCAAAACCAACCAUUGGCCGGGCUACCGCAAGGGCAACUACACAACGCACAACUUCCGAUACCACCACCACUGGGCGGCGUGUUACCACAAGGCACCAACGCAGAGAUUCUUCAACAACCAGAAUGGCUCUCUUGGGCUGGCAUUCUGGAACACUUCUCUCCCGGCGUCAAGAUCCGCGAAAUCUUGGCAAGACAGGACAUUAUGACUGGCCUGACAGAACUGCCCUGGUCGGAACAACAGGCGAAUCGUUUAGUAGAUCAUAUCCCACGAGCUGCCAGGCUUCGCCGCGAUGAACGGAAAUACACGCUCAAGUGUCUGUCCUUCAAGUCGUGCGGCUACGUCGCCGUGGACGCCCCGUUCCUAAACACCCGUGGCAUUCUCCCCGGUGGUGCCCAAGGUCUCAGUGGAAAUGGAAACCCCCACGGCCAAGACCUUUCACCGUUGAUGCAGCGCUGCCGCGAUAAGAUGCUCGGCCGUGUCGCGCCCCAUAUCCGCAGUGCGGAGCUGUUCCAGCUGGUCAACGCUUUCGGCAUGGACAUCGGUUGGGCCAAGGUCUACGAUGAGAAGACGAUUGCCGACGCUUCCGCCGACGGUGUCGACGGCCCUGGUAAAGGCCGCUUCUCGGGCACGAUUGAUGCGUGUGGUUCUGAGGGCAGGGAACCGCCCGUCACAGGGUCACUACCGAAUUUCAGUGAACUCGAUGAUGUUGAUCCAUUUCCGUAG